GCCGCUGCAGCCAUAAAGGAGGCUCCACACACACAGCCGUCUGGAAGGCAUUAGACAGCAGCGGCACAGACACUUUUUGGCCACUUCUUUGCGCUCUGCUUAACCUGGAUGUUGGGGAAACUUAAAAAUCCUUAUCUACUUGCCCCCAAAUUUAAUUAAUCUGACUAAUAUUUGAUUGUCAGAGUCUUGACUGGAUUUUUUUUCUCUUUUGUGUUGAUCUGAUUGACGCUGACAAAGUUUAUGGCUUUCUUUCUAACUUAAAAAAAACUUUUAAAAAAAUGAAUGAAACUGUCAGAAGUUGACGGAGAUAAAUAUUUAUAUUUUUGCAUUAUCUAUUUUUUAUUUAUACUUUUUUUCUUUUUCUUUAAAUGAUGCCAAAGAUGACUGGCAUGUUUGUGUUUAUAUACCUGGGAUGCAUGCGGUGCAUAUUGAAAGACUGCAGACAGACUGUUAAAAACUAAAGACUAGCGCCCAGCUGAGACACCGAGGAGGAGGAACGUGCGGCAGUUUUACUUUUCUCAUUAACGAGGAUCAAUUUCGGCGGAUUCAUGAACGUCUUCGCUGAAGAAGCGUCUUUAGAAACUUUUUCAAGACUUUCUGUCCCUGUGGAGCGGCGCCAGAGCCGCCGGAGCUGACCGCAUCCUUUCUCAAGGACGAACCAACAGCUGCUUCAAGGUAAGCAGCCUCAUUUGGUCAUUUGCUGACCCUGCAGCCAGCUGACAGAGAAUGAUGAAUUUUCUAUCAGAUGCUUGUCAUACUUAAGCUCACGUAGUUUGUAAACCAAUCAUAUGCGUAAAAACGCAAAAUUUGGACAGUCUGUCCCUCAAGACUCUAAUAUCUCUACAUUUUCUUCCAUGUUUUUUAUUUUAUUUGGAAGAAUGAUUAAGUAUCCAAUCAUAUGUGCCCCAUAAUCGGGUGAUGCUGUAAACUGGAGACAUGCCAGCAGUGAUAACGGUCAUUUUGGGGAUUUCUAGACUUGUCCGUAAAACGCUUGUAGCAUCUGAGACAGGUUUGUUAAAAAAUGGGUCGAUUCUCGUCUGCUGUGGUGAGCAACACUUUCGUUUAUGUGUUAUUGUUAUAACUAAGGAAACGCGUGUCAAAACUUUUAUGUGCCCUGAAUGGUACGAACAUCUGUUUUCCUCCUGCACCACUAGUGCCAGCUGUGCCAAACAUGUCCGCCAGGAUUAGCCUUCUAAUCGAACAAACUACAUCUGGUCUUUGCUGAGCCACUUAUUUAAACCCUAUUAUACUUUACCCCAACUAUAAUGACGUCAAAAGAUGUUCGUCAUUCUUGGAAAUUUGUGAGCCAAUGAGAGGGCUGGGAUGGAACACGCUCCGGGUGUGAGCGCGUAAUUUGAUGCCUAGAGUGAAAGACCGCUAUGGGCACACGUGAAAAGUGAGAAAUCUCUACUUCCCAGACAAUGUUUGAGAAUUAUCUUUUUUGAAUGGACAUUAUGGGCUGACAUUUAUUGCUUUUGUCGAGGAGGAGUUUAUCCAGCUGCCCCCGCACUUACAUGAUGAUGUAUGUGAAGCUAAAGCAGGUGCCACCAGAACAAUGAGCCUUCAGGACAUGCUGUCAAAUAUCCUUCUAGCUGCUGGCCUAAGAACUUCCACACAUGCCCACUUCACACAUGAAUGUCAAUGAACAUCUGUCACCAUCCUUGGGCAUAAUCUCCCCCUCUAUUCUUCCUCUGCAGUCUCUCGCUGUGCAGAUAUAAAACCCACACAGGAAUGUCCAUCUGUGAAUAUGGACAUCUCAGCAUUCCUGUAAUUUAUGUAUGAUGUACAGUAUAAUGUCCGUUCCACACAUGGAAACUACUUCCUACUGAGCUGGCUUAAGCACUAACCUUAUCUGACCCUCCUGACCAGAGGCAUUCAGAUUUAUAGCUGAGACAGAGCAAGCUGGCGUUAUGUUGAUAUCUAUAUGAUAAAGGAUGAAGUAUCGAGCACUCUCGGUGCCAGUAUAUAAGGGAGAGAUCAUAGCCCUGCCAUGUUGGGGCUUAAACUUGAUGCUUUUCCCAACAGCCACUCAGACAUACAGUAGAUACUGUGUGAUUUAUUGAUCACAGCUUUUCUUAAGUGGAACAGAAACAGCUGCAAAGUUUGCUUAUUGCAUGAUAGCUGCAGGACAAAGAAUCCAACAAAACUGCAUUGUGUAGAAUAAAAGCACAGGACCGAUUUCCGUAUGGUGAUGUUUUUACUGUAGCUUAGUUAGAUGUGCAUAAACAUUUUAAAAAAGUGAUAGGACACAUGUUUUUGGUCAAAUCUGCGCAUCUGUGCACCUUCUGUCUCUGCACACAUGCAUCGUGACUAAUACCAACUUACUGUCCUUAAUCUCAAGCCCCUCGGGUGAUUCCUGUGCUGACUGUGGGGUUCACUUUGCUUCAGCGAGGGAGGCAGUCCAUCUCUGGUGCCUGUUAGUGGAACAGUAAACACUCAAACAAAGAUUUAAUUCUUUUGUGCAGCAAUGUGGGGAGUCCGCAAAGGAAGAAAAGUCACUUUUUGUUGGCACUCUUCAAUGGUUGACACAGUCAUGCAGUUUACUCAUCGCUGCUACAGGAUGUUCCUCCUCACAGCGAGCUACAGAGCAGUUUACUACUCAACAGAGGAAAGCAUUCCUUGGCUGGUCUCCAUUAGGGCCAACAACAAGUCCCACGUGCCAUUACUGCUCACAGCAGGGGUCCUCCAGUCUAUAGGGCCUCUGGGCUGGCAAAGGUAUAACUACUGAAGUCAGGAGAGAGUGCAUGUGUGCAGUUCCUCCCAAACACACAGCACCAACCUCACCACCUACCUCAUCUACUGUGCAUUAAUAACACGCUCUUUUUCCAGGUUGCGUCUGUAGGUAGAGCAGCAGAGAGGCAGCAUUACAGCGGGCCAGUAAAAGUGAGAGUUUGGAUGUCGGUGAGGGUCUGAGUUAGAUUCCCACUACCUCAUAGCGAGUCACAGAGUCUCACAGGGAGGCCUGAUGCCAAUGCUAAUGCAUAGGAGUUAUGAUGCACCGUAAAGCAACCCGGGAGCUGUAUAAAGAGACUUUUGUUUUAGUAGCUGCACAGUAAAGAUUUUUGGCUUCCGUACGUUUUCGAUGUUGUUAUUACAAAAGGUCAAAAGCUGUUUAAUCUAAAGCACAGUCGUGUCUUUUUUUCCACCUGAAAAAGCUCCAAAAGUCUUCCUCCAUUCAUCUUAAAGGACUCUCACGGCUGACUGGAUCUUGUGUUAUCUUUUCACUGUGAUAACAGAGUGCAAAAAUAGAAUUUUCUACCAUGUAGAGAGGAAGCAGAGUCAUUUCAGAGCACAGCUGAUAACUGCUGGUGGGCAGAUAAGAGGAAGUGUCGGAUCAAUGGGUGACAACCUGGACCAAGAAAAGAGGAUUUGAUGUGAGGCUCCGCGCUUCCUGUAGAUUUUAUGGUCUUUGGAAGCAAGGAGAGCAAAAUAGAACUUCUUUUUCAGCUUUCACUGCACUUUUGGAAAGAAAACGGAGCAAUUAAUAAAAGGAGAUCACUUUUGAAGGAGGCAUUGUCAACUGAGACGCCUCUGGAACUCAGUUGUAAAUCUUGCAGCCUGCCACAGAGGCGUAAGUCCAGCUCCUCAGCUGGCGCCGAACAGAGCCAAGUCCACCACCUCCAGUCUCUUUCUGCCUCUUCCUUUUGGUGUCUGCCAUUGCACUCAAUCUCCCACUUAUUCACAUCCUUCCAGAAAGCUUCCUCUCUCUUCCUUACUGAAUACUCUGGUGCUUAAACUUUUGUAACUCUCUCUUUUUUGCUGUCUUCCUUUAUUAUGUUUUAUGUCGUAGAGCUGAAUUGCCUUCAGUGGCUCAUUCACAAAAACAAGAGAGAGCUGGGGAUGAGUCCAAGGGGGAAAACAUGCAUUUAACAGCAUACUUUUGGGUCACAUUUAACAAAUAGAUUUACCACUGUGUUGUUAUGAAAUAAUAAACUACAGCUUCAUCUCCAGCCAUCACUUUUAUAUUGAAUAAAGCUGAAAUGACACCAGCAGCAGCGGUUAGUGAGUCAGAGGAUGCUCCAAAAAGAGGCCGCUGGUGACUUAUGCGUAACACUCCUUUAGGAUGUUGUAACCUUUGUUCCUCUGCCAGUUUGAGCCUGUAUCACACCUGAUCUUAAUGGCUUCCAGAAGGUGAAGAAAUAAGGAGACAGUGGAGGAAGAAGAAGAGGGAAAGGGAGGGGAUGAAGGGGAGUGUAAAAGUCAACUCACUACCUCUGCCAGUCUGUGGCCUUUUCCACCUGAUUCUAAUCAUGUCGGGAGCAGUGCGGUGCAGCGCAGUGGGUGGUGUUACUGUUGGACUCUGGUUCUUAUAAUGACGACGCUCCCACAACAAGAGCACAAUGUGACCGCAUGGGGGGGUUUAUGGGAGGAAGGAGGAAGAGGAGGAGUGAGCAGGGUCAAUGACUUCCUGGCGGCGCCUUUGAAAACUGCCGUGACCCCCAGUUUACUUCAAGUGUUCAGUUUCACUCAGAGAAUAAAAAAAAAACUGUACAGAGUCCCUUUAAACCUGCAGCCAGGAUUAUUAAAAUGAUCUCAAUUUAAUACUGAUUGGUUUAUAUGAGCUACAGAAUCAAACAAGACCAACAAGAUGAUUAUUGACUAAUUUCACAAAGUUAUUUUAGGAAAUUCUUGUCAACUAAGACCAUUGUUCACAAUUUUAAGACUUAAUGUACUUUAUUUUUUUCAACUUUGAAGUUAUUUUUCUUGCACUUUUUGCCUUGAUUGAUAGCAUAGUUAAAGAGGGACAGUAAAGUCAGGGGUGGGGGGGUUGACAUGUAGCAAAGGGUCAUAGCCAGAGGUCAAAGCCAGUGACUGUGGCCUAAAUGCAUGGGGGGCACUUUUAAACUCAGCCAACCAACACUCCAAGUUUGUGAGUUUGAACCUGUUAUGAUCAUAUAUUUUUCAGGAUAUUCUACUUUGGUUCACAGGAAAGGACCAUUAAAAAAAUAUACUCUGUCUACAAGGGCGGUCAACAUGGCCCAAGUUCAAAUUCAUCAUAAGAGAGGAACAGUCUGACUCACAUCAGCUUUAGUCAUCCCAUUAGCAAAUAUAAUGUACGUAAGUUGACUUUUGUAAUCACCUAUUGCACACACAUCUUCCUUUAUAAUAUUCUGAACACAAUUUGAUUAUUUUUUUCCAAAGAGGCAUUGGUAUCAACACACAGUUGUCCAUAUAUCAGACAGCAGGCCGUGAUAGUGAAUAGGGAGGGAAGGACAACCCGGCUCUGAGCACAUCCUGAGUGUCUCUGCCUGAGUCAGCAGCCAACUCUCCAGUCUCUGCAAGCCGCUCCCUCUCUCCUGUCCCAUCAUCUGCUCAGGGACACGUGAGCCUUCCCUGCAUCCUGCUACAACCGUCAUGAGGGCCAUCUCCAACUUUUAAUGCCUUUAAAACGCAUCCUGGUCUUUUCAAGCCCUGCCCAGCUCUUACUCUCUCUCUCACACACACAAACACACACACACACAAGCUUGUGUAUGCACAAGUUAAUAAUGUGCAUUGCUUGUUCAUUUUCCAGACGAUGUAAUUCGUCAUUUAUGAAUAUCUGCAUUUCAGCAAGGAAGAUAUCAUCCAGUUUAGAUUUCAAAUGACCUCAGCAGGUCUGAUUUUCCAACACAGCAGUGACUAUAACAUAAGGUUUGUCCAAUAUGGCUGGAUCAACGCUCAGGGGCUUUUAGCAAAGCAGAAAUAUCAUGAAUCCAUCUUCACUAGCCUGAAUCUAUUGUUGAUUAAUAAAGAUAAUAAAGUUGUCAUAAACAUGCACUCCAUGUCAUUUAUUCAAAAGUCUAAAGCCACAGAUGUGUGCAACACUUAAUCUUGAUUUGUGAGCAGCACUCUGCAGAUUUUUCAAUGUUGCACUUUUAGGCAGUGACUGCUGAGUCACGAUAACAUAAAGAUGUAAGCUUUAUGUUAUCUCAGCUCCACGCGGACCAGCAAAGCUGUCUUUUUUGGCUUUACUUCAAAUUUAUACUGCCUGUGCAAAGCAUACAAUCAUGACACACACAAAUUCUUGUACACAUGUGUCCUACUGCAUACACACAUACACACACACAAGUCUGGCGAGCCCUGUUAUAUUUUACGUUCCAUCACAGGCCUUGGAGCUGGGACCCUGCUGACAGGGAUUCCACUGCUCUCCUGAGACUUCAGUCAAACUAUGUCCUCUUCUUUACAGCACACACACACACACUCGCACAUAUGCAUCUUUUCCUGUGUGCAUGUACACACACAUGCUAAACACACACACACGCACAGACAGAGCACAUAAAAUGCUUAGCUCACAUGUUUUCACAAACACACACAUACAGGAACACAUGGCCAUCUUGGCAGCAGAGAGACUUAAUGGUAUUCAAAUUUUCCCAGACAAGUCACAUAUACAGUAUAUCUGGCAUCUUUCAGCUGUUGCAUAACUUUCAUAUGCAUGUGGUGAUUCUCUUAACUAUAAUAAAUCACUGGAGUACCAUUACUCAUAUGUACCAAAAUGGGUCACAGAGAUAUUUCCUUUAUUUCCCAUACGUCAGAUAUGCUUAAAUGCCCGGCCUGAGAGGAUGUCAAAAACAAUUUUGAAGAAUAUUUCAAGCCGGGCUCAGGGAUAGAUAAGAGUCUGUUUCUAAACCAGCAAGGGUGUCUGCAUGCCGUUAAAAGAAACUCUGUCUAAACUCUAAGCAAAACUUCUUUAUCUGGAAUUUUGUCUUCUUAAUCUGUCUCCUGUUAAUAUGCCAAGUUUUCGCAAAAGAUGACAAUAGUGGCGCUAAAAAUACUGUACUGCCCUAAAAUAUUAAGUGUGGAGUGGACAUUUUGGUCUUCGCAUGCAUUGUUAGUGAUGCAGCUGGUCAAUCCACAAUAAAAUAACUUUGCAUUAGAUUGAACGUGGACACCUACAGACCUCACAGAAUGGCUCAGGGACACAGAUUUUCUUUGUGCUCAGUGAUAACUAAUACAUUUUGAAUUGACAACUUGCAAUUGUACAUGUGUGUUUUUAUUAUUGGCACCUAAUGCUGGUUCAACUCAUUGUCCUUCACCAAGAUGAACACAGCUUCAAUAUUAGGGCAGCUGACUUCAGGGCUACGUCUCUCCUUUUUUGACUUCGCUGGUCAAAAAUUACUGGCGAUUCAUUUCCCUCUCAUUUCUACCAACCGUAUCUACUUAAUCCACUAAUUUUAAUAAGACCAGAACAUGUUAUAUCCCUGUGCUUGUUUGUUUUCUACUUUGUAGUAAUAGAACCGAGCAUAGACUGUAUAAAGAAUUGAUGCUGUCUGCCUCCUCCCUGGGUGAAGCCACCAUAAGAACAGCACCCUCUGGUGACAGGCUGCAGUAUAGGUCAUAAAUCCCGCCUCCUCCAGCAAUCCCUAUGGAGCUGUGGACAAACUUUAGAGAUAAAUUACACAGACUAUAAAUUUUUCUCCACCCUGGUUGCGAUGUCGACUUGUAUUUACUGUAAGACUGGUUUGUGUUCAAGUCAAACUUUUUUCUGUACAGCUCCAUUUUUAAAAGUUAUUGGGGGUUUAUGUUUUCUAUGAUUGACACUUGAUACAGCCUAUGGGUGUACGGAGAUUGCGUAGCUCACCCGGGGGAUACGCUGUUUAAGCAGAGCGUCACCACAGCGACUUUUGGCAACUCUCCCGCGGGAUGUGUACAACACUGCUGCGCAAGUGAUGGUUCUAGGAAGUGGAUAAAAUCCCGGAUAUACAGAGAGCAAUUCGACUUCAAAUGACGGACAGCAGUUGUCCGUAGUAUAUACAGUCUAAUUAAAAGUGAAGUAGUAUUAAAAUCUUGCUUGCUCAAAUCGUUAAGGAUUGAAAUGUGUCAAAAAUCACAAAUUUAUGUGUAUACAAAAAGACAUACUGUAUGUCAGACUAAAGCAAAAAAAGGUCAAAGAUUUUGCCACAAGCGCUUACUCUAAUGGGGCAAGUGGCUAAUCAUAGAUUGGGAUUCUGGGAUGUUUGCUGGGAUGGCCAGACAUAUUAUGAGGAGACUUUUCUGGCAUCAAGGGGACCAUGCCACCCCUAUCUAACCCUUUUGGACACACUCCUGGUUGACACUCCUUACACACUUGAACGGCCUCUGAUGUUGAUUGAACAGAUAAAUCUCAGCAGAAACAAGACUGCAAAGACAUUUGAGACACUUAGGACACCCACUCACUCGUCCUUCGUUUUACCGACCUUUCCAAUUACUCUCCAUCAAUGUUAAACUUGACCUGUUUGUCUGAUGAUCUUUAUGAUAGAGUCUGCAGGAGUUUUACUCGGGAGAGUAUUAAUGACGUCAAAGUGAGGCUGCAGCCAAUCUAAGGUCACCACACACACACACACAGACACACACACACACUCACAGGAGGAUCAAACUAAUGAUAUUGAAGGGAUUCUCUCACUUCUAUGUGCUAAGAUGAAAAAACAAACGUAAAUCUUGGGUGAUGAAUUCCACAUGUAUUAAUGACUCCUUGACAGCGCACACGUCAUGUAUCGUCAAACACACUCGCACACCGUCUAAAGCGACAACAGCCACAUGACUCAACAACACCUUCAGAGUCACGAUAAUCCUCUGAUUAGAGGCUAAAUCUCAGGGGCAACGUUUGGAUGAGCUUCAUAAGUGACUUUUAGCCUGCACUUAAUCUUACUGAAGUCUGAGCUAAUUGUUAGUCUUGACCUUUGCAGAGGAUCGCACACCCAUGAGGGAGUAUGAGACGCUAUGAUGAGCACAGCACCCCGACAGCUGGCAGUGUUGCCUGGAAUCACUUGAUUUCACAGAACAGACAGUGUGUGUGUGUGUGUGUUUAGAGAUCAUGACCUGGAUUCAAUUUCACAGUUUGAUUUUGUAUUUUAACCACAAACUUCAAACCCAAGCAAGCGUUUCAUGUCAGUAAAGGCUCUGUCGUAAAUAAACAAGCGGUCAGAAAGCAACAAAAGCUGCGUAGAGUUCGCAUGUUCUCCGUGUGUGUGCAGCGGUUUACCCCAAGUCCUGUGAUUUCCUCCUGCAGCUCAGAGAAAUGCAGGUUUGCUGAAGUGGAAACCUUGAAUUCCCAGUAGGUGUGAAUGUGUCUGUCUGAAUUAGCUCUGUCAUGCCCGGGUCAAAGAGUUACGUUAAUAGAUCAGCAAAGCCUUCCUGUCCUAAUCCUAGAGAUUUUUUUUUUAUAAUCAUUUCUACACCAAACAUUCAGAAAGCAUUAGGUGCUUUUAUUUUGAUGGUACCUUAAUGAUGAAACACAUUUCUCCUCCGCAGUGGCUGAGUUCAUUCAAAGUUAAUACUGAGAGACAGGGUGAGGGGGUUUAUUCAGCACUGCCAUAUAUAGUUGUUAAGUGUUACACACUCCUGCACUCACACACAUUGGUGCACAAACUUAAGGAGGUCUAAGGUGAAAUGCUCUGUCAGCACACACAAUUAGAAACGUGUAUUUUCUCUCUCUUUCUCGCUCUCUUGUAAUAAGCUUUUAAACAUGCGUUUGUGUGUAUGUGUGUACAUGGGGAGUGUGUGUGUGUGUGUCAGGGGUCUUGUAAAUGGGCGGCUGACGUUAAGAGCCUUGCCACGUGCCAGAGGAGGUCUGCUAUGCUGGUUGUGGCCUUCUCAUCCAACGAUCAAAUUAACAAGACAUUGUGUCUGAGCCAAGGUUCCUCCCUUUUAGCCAAGCCUCUCUCUCUCUCUCUCUCUCUGCUUUCUUCUCUUCCCUUCCUCUUCUGUUUGUUUUCUCCUAUCAAGAUAUUCAUCUGUUGUCUUUUUCUGCUCACUUUUAUCUGCUUUCUCUUUGAAACUUUCUUUUUGUCUGACUUCGCCUCCUUCCCCAGUCCUCCAACUUCUCUUUUCACUUCUGUCUCUCUCCCUCUCUGUCUGUUUCCCUCCCUCCAUCUGUCUUGUGUGUAUUUAGGUGUGGUGUGAAGACCUCUUGCCAAAUCACAAACUCUUCUGGGCUUUGUGUGCUCUGUCCAUGACUCUCUUCUCUCUUCUUGACCUAAUUUACAUGCAUUGACUGAAAUGAAGCAUAUGGCUGACAUUUCUUUAUGUAUGAUGAUACAAGUGUGAUGAUAUGGAGCUCCUCUAUCUAGCGAAACGAUUCCAUUCUGAAAUUCUAAAUAUUCAAAUUGCAUGUUAAAAUCUGAAUUUGAUGCCACAAGGGGGUGCCCCACACUUCCCAAGACAGAAAAACUCACUUUUAAGUAUCAAACUCCCUCCGAUCUUUCCUUUACGAAUCAAAAAAAGCACGUUACUCGAGUAGUUUUAUGCCACAUAUAUUCCCUUCAUUCAAAACGAAGCUUAGCCCUGCAUGAUUAAUCCCAGUAAUGAUUGUCUCGUCAUAUGGGGAGUCAAGGAGGGGAAGAAGCACACGUGCAGCAUUAGAAAAUCUAAAAAGCCCUUGUGUUCUUCUUCCCACGGAGAUAUAAACAGAUGACAUCACAGGGUGGUCCGCUCUGCAUUGAGCUGCGCUGAGUGGGUCUCCGCUGGUCUGCCAAACAGAUGGCGGUAGCAACAUAAUGAGGGCUGGAAACUAAAUUCUGACCAGAAGAUUUUGUGCAACAGAACUCGGGGUCAAAAAAGACGGUCACAAGAAGUAGGAGGAGAUGUUCUUCACCGGUUCUCCUUGAAAAAAACAACCUGUAAACCCUGUAUUUUUCAGAGAGGGGCUUUGAGAGGAAUGCUUAUUUAUAAUGUUCAAACAUACAAAAAUGCUGUAAUAGUUUCACUCGGGCAUUCAGACAGCACUUGGUUGGAUGUUUGGCAGGAGCAGCCGGCUUGUUGGUUAAUUAGGUCAAGAAAUCUUGUAAUGUGCGCCCACCCACACUAAAGGAGAGUUGGAACAAUCGGCUACUCACAACUGUCUGACAAUUCGACAGGGGUUUUGGGGAGGGGGAGAAAGAUGGAGGGGGCCAAGAGGGGUGUAGACAAGGGGGAGAAAGUUUACAGCUUUUCAUACCAGGGCUUGUUGUAAUAAAACAAGGUUGUGCAUGCCAUUGAGGGGCACUCUGGAAAUCUGUGAAUAAGCACUUUUUAUAUGUGGUAGUCCACUAUUUUGAUAAGCGCUAGAGUCACUGUUGGCAUCAGUGUUUACAUGCAUGUCGCAAGUUAUUGUAUAUUUUAUUCCAAAUUCACAAAUCUGAAAAAAAAAAAAAAUGUUUUGUUUCUCUUCUUUGUACCAUUGCAAACUCAUUCUGUAACUUUGAUUUCCUAGUUUAGUUUUUUUUUUUUUUUGUAUGUUUAGCUUUUUUUAAAGAAGUUGAUAAGCACAACGCAAGACUGAGGUUUCAGUGUUUAAUUCUAGGAAACAUCUGUCAUUGGUGUUUUUUUUAAAGAAGUUGAUAAGCACGGCGUAAGACUGAGGUUUCAGUGUUUUAUUCUAGGAAGCAUCGGGUCCAAAUCCGGUCACUUUGUUGUCACACUCGCUAAAUAAAUCCUUUUCUCCACUUUCUGUUCGCAGAUGAGGUGCCAGAGGAUCCUCACGUACCUGCGGAUAUUUGGGACCACCAUGUUUGGCGUGUCCCUGCUGGUGGGGAUCUCCACUGCCUACAUCAUGGGCUACCAGUUCUUCACUACAGCCCGCAAUUACCUUUCCUUUGGCUUGUACGGUGCUAUCUUGGUGGUCCAUCUCAUCAUCCAGAGCCUCUUUGCGCUCUUAGAACACCGAAACAUGAAGCGGUCUUUAGAGACGCCAAUCAAACUCAACAAGUCUUUAGCGCUGUGUAUUGCAGCGUAUCAAGAGGACCCUAACUACCUGAGGAAAUGCUUGGUCUCUGUCAGGAGGCUGACAUACCCAGGGAUCAAAGUGAUCAUGGUGAUCGAUGGGAACUCAGAAGAUGACUUGUAUAUGAUGGAAAUUUUUAAAGAGAUCAUGGGAUGGGACAAAUCGGCCACCUAUGUGUGGCGGAGUAAUUACCACCACAGAGGGCCGGAUGAGACGGAUGAGAGUUAUGCUGAAGGCCUUCAGCAAGUCUCAAAACUGGUGCUAAACAACAAGUGUGUGUGUAUCAUGCAGAAGUGGGGCGGGAAGAGGGAGGUCAUGUACACGGCCUUCAAAGCCCUGGGGAGAAGCGUGGACUAUGUUCAGGUAAGUCUAUGAGCUAGAAAAAGACAGGGUAGUUAAAAGGGAUUUUAUGUCAUGAAAUGAGACCCAGAAAGGAGGACACAAUAGCAAGACACCGAAUCAGUUUGUCCAACAGGCAGGGAUUAUUGACGCUCAUUAAAGAUCAGGCAGAAGUAUUCGAAAACGUGAGGUAAUGAAUGAGUUUUAAUAACUAUAAUUAAUGCAGGAACAAGACUAUGAAGUGCAACGAAGUGGUGAUGAGACAGUGAGACACACAGUGUAAAAUACAAGAGGUAAUAAGGGUGAUGGGAAACAGGUGGGGAAAGACAAUCAGGCAGCAUGUGUGACAAGACAGGGGCAGGGCAGACCAGACAAGAACAUACCUAGAGGGCAGAAAAAAGGGCAAGUGAUCAACAAAAUAAAACAGGAAGGUGAUGACAUGAAACAUGACUGUGCAAAAAUAAAGGAAACUUAAGCAAUGAAUAAACAGAAGUAAAAUUAAACUUGGCAAGAUGUUUUGAAAGAGCAAAAAAAAGGGAAGUUAGAUGACAAAAGAGGGUGUUUGAAAACUGCAAACUGGAUACCAGGUAAAUCCAGGACAAGUGGCAUAGGUGUGACCUGAGAUAGAAGGAAAGGAUAGAGGGAUAGAGAGAGAGGGGGAGGAAGGGGGCUCUGCCAGGCCAUGUAUAGGGUCCACAAAGAGUCUUUUGUGCAGCUUUUAGACGCACUGUGGCUGUGUGUAUCGUGUUGUUAAGUGUAGCGUGAAGAGGGCCGGCAGUAGCUCAUGUCUAAGUGUAAUAACAGAUCUGUUUCACAGAGCUGAGUGUUACAUCAUAUGCAUGAGUCUUAACCAGAGCCGCGACCCCCACAAUUUUUUUUUUUACAAAUUUCUGAUGCAUCUAUUUGCUGAGUUUCAAUAAAUAGCUGGGGACUCAAAUAAGAUGAAUAAAAAGUGAUAUUAGACUUAAGGAAAAAGUGCUGUCAGUGGAAAUCACUCAAAGAAUAAUAAUCUUAGUGUACGUAAAUGACACUUAAAUUACAUCUCUGUGAAAGCCAGUUCCCAUGCCUGUUUGGCAGACUAACAGGCCAAUAGUAUGGAGUGGGGUUGCUUAAAAUAUGAACAGCACAGUGCCAAGCUUGGCAAUUCACAGACUGAUGAAGUAUCAGGAAACCUGUUUUUAUCCCGUAGGCAGUAAAUGCUGAGGAGAAUGUUCUGUUAUGGAGAUUGAUAGCACGGUCAUAAAGCUAAAGAGUUACGGAAACUAUUCAACUUCUGAUUUGUGACAGGCACAAUGUGUGUUUUAUGUUUCUUUCAAAAGUCGCAGUCAGGAGCUAUAAAACAAUUCAGCACAUGUAACGGUAUUACUCAAACAGCCUUAUUUGGUCUUUAGAACCACUCGCUAACAGCCGCUGAUGCUAGCAUAGCAUUAUUUCAAAUAACAUUGACUUAUUGGUCUCAUAGUCUGUGCUACGAUUUUAGUAAUGUGGUUGUAUGGUUAAGUUUCCUCUGGGGCCACAAAAGCCUCUGAUACACAAAAGUUAUGUAGCAAACUUUUUAUUAUGUCCUCUGUGAUUAAAAUACAUUUUAACAGUGGAAUAGCAAUAUUGUGAACCCAGCUGUUACAUUUCUCCAAACUAUUUGCUAAUCAUGACUCAAUUGUGUUUAACAGCACCAUAAUGGGAUUAAUUUCUCUUGAAGUCUUUUUGUUUUUGUUCAAUAAAUUAGCUGGGCCGUGUAAGAGUGCCAUGCUACCACUUUGAGUGAGAACACAGAACAUGAGGAGUACUUCCCCCUUUUCUAACCCCCAAAUUUCUUUGCGCCCAACUAUUUAACUUGGCCCCACUGAUGCCGGUUUAGCUCAGAUGCACCCCAUCUACAGAGGCUAGCCCUGGUUGCAGUAGUGGUAGGUUCACUUCCAUCCUUAGCACUUUGCUGCAUGCCACUUACUCUCUGCUCCCAGCAUUUCAUGUCUCGUCACAGCGAUAUGUGUUGUAAAGACCAUUGGAUCAUUCUCUAUAGAUGACUUACUCCAGGCAGUACCCAUCAGCUAUUACCAAACAAUUUUACUGCUCAUUUGUCUCUCAUCUCCAACUCCAUUCUGGCCUCUGAGGUUGUUAGCCAGACAUGACAAUGCAUGGAAUAGGAAACCUUGGAUGGAGGUGCUUUAUUGCCAAAGCAGCAAAAUUUGGUUCAGGAUUAACGGUGAAAGUAAUUGUGCAAAAGUGAUUCCAUUGAACAGUUUCUUGGCCAAAACACAAAGUGAUUACGUUGUAGUUGUUUCACAAUACACAGCCGGUUGUGGUAGAAAAGGCAUGCUGAACGAGUAACAGAAGGUGUGACCCUUUAGAUCUUAAAAUGUAAGAAAUGUUUAAUGAGUUUGUGAUUCAAAGCAAGGGAUUUGAACACCUGCAGCUGCCCUCAGUCUGCCAGAAACUCACUGCUUUAUAGACAUCAGCAAAGAAAUUACCAAAACAGUGUCAGAAGUCAUGCCAAUACUCUUUAACCUAAAGGGCAAGGAAGGACAGUGUUACAUGCCUUUUUACUAUCAUCAGGCUCUGCCUGAAACAGAUGUGGUCUGUUAAUGGGGAUUGGGUUCUGGGACUCUUUUCCUCACCUGAUAAUGUUCGGGAAGGAGAUGACCAUUUAUAGAAGAAAAAGCAGAGAGCUAAGAAGAGCAUUAGUUGUGAACUGCAAGACUAGAGAAGUAAGCUAUAAAAGCUGUGUACGACCUUCUAGUCAUGUCAGGUUUUAACAUAGAGAGUCACAAAUCAUGAAAGUGCUCUAGGGGGGCUUGACAACCUGCACAACUAAGAGAAGCACUCUCCUUUUAAAACUGACUCAGUACUUCCUUCAAGUGUGUGCUAUCUUUACAUGACUAAAACUGAUGAACUGUUUGUCUUGUGGCUUCUACUCAGGUGUGUGAUUCUGACACUAUGUUGGACCCAGCAUCAUCAGUGGAGAUGGUGAAGGUUCUGGAAGAGGAUCCAAUGGUAGGAGGGGUCGGAGGAGAUGUUCAGGUAAGUUCCAACAUCAAUAUCAAGAUCAUUACCAAAGUUGCUGCAAUCGUCAAACUUAGCAAUUUUCCUUUUAAUGUUAAACUCACACCUUCAUCUUUUGGCAAAUCAAUCCCUGUUUAGAUCCUGAAUAAAUACGAGUCCUGGAUCUCCUUCCUGAGCAGUGUGCGCUACUGGAUGGCCUUCAACAUUGAACGGGCAUGCCAGUCCUACUUUGGUUGUGUGCAGUGCAUCAGCGGACCUUUGGGAAUGUACCGAAACUCCCUCCUGCAUGAGUUUGUUGAAGACUGGUACAAUCAGACUUUCAUGGGAUCCCACUGCAGUUUUGGGGAUGACCGCCAUCUCACAAACAGAGUUUUAAGUCUUGGAUAUGCAACCAAAUAUACUGCACGAUCUAAGUGCCUCACUGAGACGCCCAUCACAUAUCUGAGGUGGCUCAAUCAACAGACUCGUUGGAGUAAGUCCUAUUUCAGAGAAUGGCUUUACAACUCUAUGUGGUUCCAUAAACAUCAUCUAUGGAUGACUUAUGAGGCUGUGAUCACGGGCUUUUUCCCGUUUUUCCUCAUUGCCACUGCAAUCCAGCUCUUCUACCAAGGAAGGCUCUGGAAUAUUUUGUUGUUUCUACUCAUUGUUCAAGCAGUGGCACUAAUCAAAUCAUCAUUCGCCAGCUGCCUUAGAGGUAACAUUGUCAUGGUGUUUAUGUCAUUCUACUCUGUACUGUACAUGUCAAGCCUGUUGCCAGCCAAAAUGUUUGCAAUAGCAACAAUCAACAAGUCUGGAUGGGGGACCUCUGGGAGGAAAACAAUAGUGGUGAACUUUAUUGGUCUGAUUCCUAUAUCAGUUUGGUUCACUAUCCUCUUCAUCGGGAUUAUCUACACAACAAUCCUGCAGACUAGAAAACCUUUUCCUGAAUCUGAAAAGAUUGUCCUGAUCAUAGGGGCAGUUGUCUAUGCCAGUUACUGGGUCAUACUGUUGACGUUGUACACAGUGCUGAUAAAUAAGUGUGGGAAGAGGAAGAAGGAGCCACACUACGAUAUGGUCCUGGAUGUAUGACUUGCAGACAAGAGUCAUCAUGUACCACUGAACUGUCCUUUUACAUUGCUCUCACUUACACUAUGUUGUUGUUAUAUACUUGUUUAAAGAUACAGAGCAGCUCUGGAGGCAAAUUGGUUGAGUUCAACCAAAAUGGAGUUUCUGUCAAGCUUGAAUGGGAAAACAUUGAAAUGACAGUGGCUGCUUUUUUUGUCCAUUCAUGACCAUAGAAACUAUGGUCUUGGAAUGCCAGCGUGUUGGCUAAUUAGCUGACUUUGAUUCCUAUAGCUAACCUUGAUAACUCAAAAUGGUAAGAUAAAUUACAUAGUAGUUAGCAACAAGAGUGCUAGGCUUUUUUUAUAUUAGCUACCUCUUACUCAUGUCGUUUUCACUGGGCUUCAGUAUAACAUUUGCAACUGAACCUAUGAAACUGUGUAUUUUUAUCUCCUACCAUUUGGGUUUAACUUGACCAGUGAUGAAACUUCCAGAGCAUCAUUGUAUCACCAACAAUAGUGUGUACAUUCUCACCAGGAACAAAUCUACAUAUCAAUACCAUCAAAAAGAAACACAGAAACCACUGGUACAUUGCUUCAGUUUACACCAAAACUGCAAUAUAUUCUAUAUUCUGAGAGAGGUUUUCACCAUCCACCAAAUACAAGAGAAGUCAAACUGUUUUCCACAAAUGACCAUGUUGUGAUUGUGAAUCUCAUUGACAGGUGAGGUAGACCACAGUACUUUCAGAAAAUUUGAUUUCAAGCAACAAUCGGAGUUUUAGUUCUGUGGGAAAUGUAACGGCGUACCCUUUCAGUGUUUUGACAGUCUUAUCAGGAGAGUUACAGUAUCAGAGAGACAGGAGUUAUGGUUAGAAGGAAAGGGCUUUAAAAUGGAAGCUGCUCUUUCUUUAUUUUGCAUCCAUGUCAUAUGGGAAAUUUACAGCUUUGAGGUCUUCUCAUGUAAUAAGUGUUCUCGUAUCAUAUCAGCUCAUAACUACAACGCCCAAACUGCUGCUAUAUUGCUUCCAGUUCAAACAUAUCACCCACUACAGUGCAUUCUUGUGAAUAGAUGUGUUAAUGUGUUUCAGGAUCCAAAGAGAUAUGCACUUGUGCCUACAAAAUGAUAUGAAUUCACCACAUUCGCUUUUUCCCCAUAUGACAUAAAUGCAUUAUUGUUCGCAACGUUUACAAAGUGAAGAAUCUCAAACUGAUCACUGAUUGGUAGAUGUAAUCUCAACCACAUCAGAUGACCAGGUGAAGAUGUGACCAGAAGAGAGAUGGCGUAUCAUUGCUGCUGUGACUAUUUUAUUUUAUACAGGUGACAAUGACUUUUAAAAAAGAAUAUGAAUAAAUGAGUGUAGGUUGAGAGAUAGUUUUUACACUAUAGUUUUUUAUGUAUGUCUUUUUACCAAGUUGAAUGAUAACCACCAAGUAGACAUGGUGGAUAUGUUCCAAUCCAAGACUCUGUGGCUUUUGUCUGCCAUGUGCCCUUGCUCUCUUCCUUUCUUUACAUACUGUAAUGAGAGAAAUGGAUGCUUUUGGUUACCUUGAAUUGUGUUAAACGAUGACCUAAUGAUGCAUCUAAUAGGUGAAAAGUACUACCUGAUGACAGGAGUGGGAAUAAGGGCACUUAGUGGAAGGGGACAGCAUUUUGGAACGAAACAAGUCCAGUGUUUGCUACAGACGGCCGGGAGCAGACAUAAGUUUAACUCUUAUGCACUUUUAUGUCGCUCUGGUUGUCAAGUGUGAUGCUUGACGUAAUCAAGAUGAAAUACCUCAGCGGUUCUCUUUGCAUUGCAUCAAGGCAUCGGGAUGCCAUCCAAAGACUGAUGCAUUCUGAAAGUCUCAAGUAAUUUAUGAUCUUUUUUGUGAUAUUAAAUAAUUAAAUGUCCUUUUUUUUAUACGCAGUUCCUUAUUAAGUCAAAGCUGGAUAUCUCUGCCUUGUCGGCCUUUUGCUGUAGCCGUUUACUUAUUGUAACUUUAUAUUUCAGUGCAUUUUAUACAUAGACAUAUUCUAUUUUUGCUUAGCUACCAAAGAUCCUUUAUUUUCACUCAUGUUUUUGUAAGAAAAAUGGGAAAUAUGUUUGUUGUGCUUUCAACUGUUCUGACAAUGACUUGUUUAUCUGACCAAACAAUGUGAAAUUAUGAGCUGGGGGUUUUGUCUGCAAUAACAACAAUGAAAUGCAAUUCAUAGGGAUAAGUUAUUGGUUAAAAGAAGAGGUAAUAAACCUGUGUUUUUGUACCCUUAGCAUAGACAGAAAACCAGCGUAUAUUUAUGAAUAGAAUUCUGCAAUUAUGAGACUGUCCUCUGGUGUAUAUGUAAAAUCCCUACACUGCAAAAAACAAUACAUUUAGGGUUUAUUUUUAAGAUGUACAAUAUGUAAAAAUCAUACUUUCUUACAGCGUUGAAUCUACCUGGAGUCAGUUCCAGUGUUUAGAUUUUAAAGGGCUACAAGGCCAAAGCAUACUAAAAAAGUUUGUCUAAAACAUUUGCACAAAAUGUGAUGAGAAGUUGUGAGGUGCCUUAAUGACAAAUUAACAAAAAAAAAAAACUGAGUUAACUUUUUAUUUUAAACUGUUUUAAAGAGGUUUAUUCCAAGGUUUUAUGAGUGAGACCAACUGUUGUGGUUGUUUUCAUGCCAAAGUCAUGGGCAGUGUUAUCGAAAAGCACUUUUUUUUGUGUUGUGCCAAAUAAAAUCUACUAUUGUUAUAAAA